AUGAUUGAUCGUCUAAUUACACUAGAAGAUCAUCUCAAUGCCAUUUUAGAUGAUACAAAACCAUUUGUCAAAAUUUAUUUGACAACACUCAAAUGGUCGAUAUUUGGUAAUUUACGUAAAUUAUUAAAACCAUUCAAAAUUGUAGUUCGAGAAGUUAGUGGAUCUUAUUAUCCAAUGUUGUCCAAAGCAUAUAAUACUUUACGAGCACUUCGAGUUUUAUUAAAUACAAAUGAAUCAAAUGAUUCAGCUGAUAUGAAAGCUUCAGCAUGUCUUGAACUGAGAGAUGUGACUGAUUUGCGAAUAUCUACAUUUUAG